CCAAACUGGCGGCGCACUUAGGAUGCAGAAGUCACCUGUGGAAGAUGCAAACUUCUUCUCCAAGUUUUUCUUCUGGUGGAUGACACCGCUGCUGAGGAAGGGCUUCAAAAAGAAGUUGGACCUGUCAGAUGUGUACAAGGCUCCUUCGUUUGAUCUGGCAGACAACCUCUCUGAGCGACUCGAAAGAGAAUGGGACAGAGAGGUGGUGUCAGCCAAGAACAAGCCCAGGCUGAUGCGAGCGCUGGCCCGCUGCUUCUUCGGCCCCUUCGCCUUCUUCGGUGUCCUCCUCUACCUCGGGGAGGCUUCCAAGACGGUGCAGCCUCAGCUUCUGGGUCGCAUCAUCGCCUCCUUUGACCCGUUCCACGCUCCGGAGCGGAGCCAGGGAUACUUCCUGGCCCUGGGCCUCACCCUCCUCUUCAUCGCCCGCUUCCUCCUGCUGCAGCCUGCCAUCUUUGGCCUGCAUCACCUGGGCAUGCAGAUCCGCAUCGCCCUCUUCAGUCUCAUUUACAAGAAGACCCUGAAGCUUUCCAGCCGAGUCUUGGAUAAGAUCAGCACCGGUCAGCUGGUCAGUCUGAUGUCGGCCCACCUCAACAAGCUGGAUGAGAGUCUGGGUCUGGCCCACUUUGUGUGGAUCACCCCCCUGCAGUGUAUACUGUGUGUGGGUCUGAUAUGGGAGCUGAUCGAGGUGAACGGCUUCUGUGCUCUGGCAACUCUGACCCUGCUGGGCAUCAUCCAGGCCUGGCUCUCACAGAAGAUGGGACCUCACCGGGCAAAGCGAGCGGGGAUGAUCAGCCGCCGCCUGGCUCUCACCUCGGAGAUUGUGGAAAACAUCCACUCUGUGAAGGCGUACGGCUGGGAGGAGGUGAUGGAAACCAUCAUCAAGAACAUCAGGCAGGACGAGAUGACGCUGACGAGGAAGAUCGGCUCUCUGCGUUACUUCUACAGCGCCUCGUACUUCUUCUCUGCCAUCUUGGUCAUCGUGUCGGCCAUCGUGCCCCACGCGCUCAGCAAAGGCAUCAUCCUGCGGCGGAUCUUCACCACGGCCUCCUACUGCAUGGUUCUGCGAAUGACGCUGACCCGCCAGCUGCCGGGCUCCAUCCAGAUGUGGUACGACACGCUGGCACUGGUGCAGAAGAUCGAGGAGUUCUUGAUGAAGGAAGAAUACAGAGUGCUGGAGUACAACCUGACCACGACUGAAGUGGAGCUGGUCAAUGUGUCUGCGUCCUGGGACGAGGGCAUCGGUGAGCUGUUCGAGAAGAUCAAGCAGGAGAACAAAGCAAACGGACACCCGAACGGCGACGCCGGCCUCUUCUUCACCAACCUCUACGUCACACCUGUCCUCAAAAACAUCAGCCUGUACCUGGAGAAGGGCAAGAUGCUGGCGGUGGCUGGAUCCACUGGCUCAGGGAAGAGUUCCCUGCUCAUGAUGAUCCUCGGAGAGUUGGUGCCGUCAGAAGGUAAAAUCAGACACAGCGGUCGCAUCUCCUUCUCACCGCAGACUUCCUGGAUCAUGCCGGGGACGAUCCGUGACAACAUCCUGUUCGGCCUGACCUACGACGAGUACCGCUACACCUCCAUCAUCAAAGCCUGCCAGCUGGAAGAGGACUUCGCCUUGCUGCCCGAGAAAGACAAGACGCUCCUCAUCGAGGGAGGGGUGACGCUCAGCGGGGGUCAAAGGGCUCGCCUCGGCCUGGCCAGAGCCGUGUAUAAAGACGCCGACCUCUACCUGCUGGAUGCACCUUUCACCCACCUGGACAUCGUGACGGAGAAAGAGAUCUUUGAGAAGUGCGUCUGUAAACUUAUGGCCUCCAAGACUCGGAUUGUGGUCACCAGCAAGUUGGAGCAUCUCAAGCGAGCGGACAAAAUCCUCCUGCUGCACAACGGCGACUGCUACUUCUACGGCACCUUCUCAGAGCUGCAGGCCCAGCGGCCCGACUUCAGCUCCCUCCUCCUCGGCCUGGAGGCUUACGACAACAUGAACGCGGAGCGACGCAGCUCCAUCCUCACAGAAACUCUCCGCAGGGUCUCCAUCGACGAAACCGCCGGCUUCCGAGGACCAGAGCCGAUCCGACAGUCGUUCCGCCAGCAGCCGCCUCCCAUAAUCCACUCUGGCUCUCAAAGCCAUCCCGUGGGCGAUGGCUACCCAGAAAAACGCAAACAGUCCCUCAUCCUCAAUCCCCUGGCGGCCGCCCGCAAAUUCUCCUUCAUCGGGAACUCGCAACAGACAAAUACGCCCCAGUCCACCACGAUAGAGGACGGGGUCCGCGAACUUUCAGAGAGGAAGUUCUCUGUCGUACCUGAGGACGACCAGGUAGAGGAGGUGCUCCCCAGGAGCAACCUGUACCACCACGGGCUGCAGCAUCUGAACGGGCAGAGGCGCCAGUCCGUCCUGGCGUUCAUCACCAACGCUCAGGGCCACGAGCGCCGAGAGCAGAUGCAGUCGUCCUUCAGGAGGAAGCUGUCCAUCACGCCGCAGUGCGACCUGGUGUCCGAGCUGGACAUCUACGCCCGCCGCUUAUCCAAGGACAGUGUUUAUGACAUUAGUGAGGAGGUGGAUGAAGAAGACAUGGAGCAAUGCUUCGCAGAUGAACGUCAGAACAUCUUUGAAACUACCUCAUGGAGCACGUACCUGCGCUACAUCACCGCCAACAAGAGCUUAGUCUACGUCCUCAUUUUCAUCGUCUUUGUCUUCGUCAUCGAGGUUGCUGGUUCAGUCAUUGGUAUUUUCCUCAUUACUGACACCAUCUGGAGGGACGGCGCCAACCCUUCCUCCCCCAACUACAUCAGCGAGCAGCACCCGAACGCCUCGUCGCCCCCCGUCCACCUGGCAGUCAUCGUCACGCCGACCAGCGCCUACUACAUCAUCUACAUCUACGUGGCCACGUCGGAGAGCGUGCUGGCCUUGGGCUUCUUCAGGGGUCUCCCGCUCGUGCACACGCUACUCACCGUGUCCAAACGGCUGCACGAGCAGAUGCUUAGCGCCGUGCUACGAGCCCCCAUGGCUGUGCUCAACACGAUGAAGACGGGUCGGAUCAUGAACAGAUUCACCAAAGACAUGGCCACCAUAGAUGACAUGCUGCCUCUGGUGCUGUUUGACCUCAUACAGCUGACGUUGAUCGUUUCGGGCGCCAUCUUCACGGUGUCCAUCAUGCGGCCGUACAUCUUCAUCGCUGCCAUCCCAUUGGCUGUCAUCUUUGUCAUCCUCAGGAAGUACUUCCUACGAACUGGACAGCAACUCAAACUGCUGGAGGCUGAAGCUCGCAGCCCCAUCUUCUCCCACCUCAUCAUCUCGAUCAAGGGCUUGUGGACAAUUCGGGCGUUUGGGCGUCAGACCUACUUCGAGAUGCUCUUCCACAAGGCGCUGAACACUCACACGGCCACCUGGUUCCACUACCUGACGACGCUGCGCUGGUUCCUCUUCCGCUGCGACAUGAUCUUCGUCCUGUUUUUCAGCGCUGCCGCCUUCAUCGCCGUGGGAACCAACCAGGACAAACCAGGAGAGGUUGGCAUCAUCGUGGCCCUGGCCAUGCUCAUCCUGGGGACUUUCCAAUGGGCCGUCAUCACCAGCAUCACGGUAGACGGACUGAUGCGUUCGGUGGACCGGGUGUUCAAAUUCAUCGAUCUGCCGCCGGAGGAGCCGCUGCCGGGGAAAUCUGGCGGUAAAGGAGGCCCCGACCUCGUCAUCGACAACCCCCACGCCCACGACUGCUGGCCCAACCGCGGCCAGAUGAACGUCCAGGGCCUCACUGUCAAAUACACCAAGGCUGGACGCGCCGUCCUCAGCGACAUCUCCUUCUCUGUGGAGGGGGGGCAGAGCGUGGGUCUGCUGGGUCGGACGGGUUCAGGGAAGAGCACCCUGCUCUCCGCCCUGCUGCGCCUCGCCUCCACGGAUGGAGAAAUCUCCAUUGACGGCGUCUCCUGGAGCUCCGUGUCCCUGCACACCUGGAGGAAGGCCUUCGGGGUGGUGCCGCAGAGAGUCUUUAUCCUGACGGGGACGUUCCGGAUGAACCUGGACCCACAUGGACGUUACAGCGACGAGGAGCUGUGGCGGGUGGCCGAGGAGGUGGGUCUGAAGUCCGUGAUCGAGCAGUUUCCCGACAAGCUGGACUUUCAGCUGGAGGACGGCGGCAACGUGUUGAGCAACGGACACAAACAGCUGCUGUGUCUCGCCCGCUCCAUCCUCAGCAAGGCCCGCAUCCUGCUGCUGGACGAGCCCUCCGCCUACCUCGACCCCAUAACGUUACAGGUCCUGAGGAAGACUCUGAAGCAGGCGUUCUCCGGCUGCACCGUCAUCCUGUCAGAACACAGAGUGGAGCCGCUGCUCGAGUGUCAGUCCUUCCUGAUGAUCGAGGGCAGCUCCAUGAAAAGCUACGACACCAUCCAGAAGCUCAUGAACGAGACCAGCCACCUGAAGCAGGCCAUGAGCGCCGCAGACAGGCUCCGCCUCUUCCCCACACUCCACCGCCUCAACUCCAGCAAGAGGGCGGCGCCGCAGACCGCCAAGAUCUCGUCCCUGCCGGAGGAAGCUGAGGACGAUGUCCACGACACUCGACUCUAACCGGCCAGACACACAAACACAAACACACACACACGUGCACGAACACGAGAUGAUGAUGAUGAUGAUAGUAAACAUUUCUGAGCCACGAUGAGACAUUGAAACUUCUAACACCUGUGUCACACCAAAUCCUAAUGAAGUUAAAUUAAAAAUGAAAUGUGUAGAAAAACAGGAAGUCAGGUUUCCAUCAUAUCGACAGUCGACAUUUCGUUAAUCAAAACCUGUAAUUAGGACUAAUACAUGCAACUCUUUGCAUAUACAGACGAUGUAACGUGCAAAAUAGAAACUUCUCUAACAUACAGCUGUCACAGAAGGAGGUUCAUUUAUUUACAGAGGAAGUUUUGCACACACGUAAUAAAAGAAUUACGUCUGUAAUGGUUUGAAUGUUUGAAUGCUAAAAUCAGGUGUGUGAGAUUACAGAGAUGAAACUUUAGAUUACAAGCACAGUACAACAAAGCUACAAGUCAAGGGAUUGAAUUGAACGUUAAAAAUCAGGCGGUGUGACAGCUGCAGAAAGUGCAGAAAUCUGUCGGCUCCCCAUCCGAAGCUGUUGGUGUAAAUCUGUCACCAAAUAAGAAAAACUAAUAGUAAAACCAGCAGGUGUUUGUGCUGCAGGGAGAGUUUUUAUUUCCUGAUGCGUGGAAGAUAAAAUCCUCCACGUGAAUGGGGACCAAAAUGGCGGAAAAGUUUCGUGCCACCGACAUAAAAAUGAAGCACGUACCAACACACCUUAAACAUGAGGCCUCAGCCCGACCGACUGGACACUUUGUCGUUGAACUACUUCAAGUACCUUUGUAGGUUUCGGCGCCUUUUGGUGCUGGACCAGCUGUUGCGAGCGCUCAAACAUCAUCUUCUCUCCUGAGGCCACUUGCUUUCAAAAAGUAUGAAUUGCAUCAAUUGCUUUGUUUUUUGUUUUUUUUUGCAUAAAUGUUUAAAAAACAUUUUUUUAUAAA